CCCGCCACCUUGGCAUUUUGUGGAACGGUAAAAACUUCUCUCGUCUGAUGGUGGAGGACGAAAUUGGCGCUGGCAGCGAAGUUCCUGCUACCCAGGCUCGCAGCCAAAGUAAUAAAUCUUUCAAGGCUAGUUUGGAAAAUAUAAAAUUCUCGGCGGGUAUUUGUGAACCCAAGAGAAAGUGAAUUUUUCUGUUUCCUUGGUUGGGUGGCAGCAAAUUUUUUUUCCGAUGGUCGAAGGAAUAAGAGAUUUUUCACCCAACUUUUUAUUCUUCUAUUUCCAGUGCACUUCAUCAGCAGAAAAUUUCCUAGGAAUUGUUUCAUUGUUUCUUCCAUCGAUAGAAGAGAAGUACUGUUUUCAAGUUCAACUACUCAUCAGCUCUUGUAAUUCUUCUCGUCGAUUGAUCUGAUUCAGUGCAGGUGGCUCGUACUUCUUCUAAGAACUUGAUUUUGACAAACUCCAAUUGAGUGAGCUUGCAAAUUCUGGUUGAAGCACUCCCAAUUGCCUUGCAUCUAGUUUCAAGUACAAAGAACAAUUCCCAUUAUUGGCAAAUGGAUCAUAUAGAUAAAAUAUAUAGAAACAGAAUAGCUGCACUUACAAGAGCAUUGUAUGCAAUGAGAUGUGUGAAAGAGGACAAUGUUCCAUGCAAAAUUGAAGAGGGUCUCCUCUUGGGGUCAGUUGGAGCUGCAUCUAACAAGAAUGCAUUGAAAAGUCUGAACAUUACUCACAUAUUAACUGUAGCAAAUUUAUCAGCCAUGGACUGGUCAACACAUCCAAAUGAUUUUAUGUACAAGACAAUUGAUGUGGCUGACAGAGAAGAUACAGAUAUUGCACAGUAUUUUGAUGAAUGCUUUGAUUUCAUUGAUGAAGCAAAAAGGCUUGGUGGUCGUGUGCUGGUUCACUGUUUUGUUGGGAGGUCCAGAAGUGUCACAGUUGUUGUUUCUUAUUUGAUGAAAAAGAAUCAUUUGAGCUUAUCAGAAGCUCUGGAACUUGUUAGGAGUAAGCGACCACAAGCAGCUCCAAAUUCUGGUUUUAUGUUGCAAAUACAGAACUUUGAGAAAUCCCUUAAAGGAACCGAGCCAGAGGAAACUAGAGCAGGUUCCUUAUGGGCUAUGAUGGCACGGGUGGAGGGAGGAGUUCAGGUUACACUAGAGGGUCUCAUCGUUGAUUCGGUGGAGAUGGACAGCGAGAUUGUAUGGAUGUUGAUAGUCUAUCUACUUCUAUUGGCGGAAUGA